CGGCCUGGUUGGGUUGUCUGGGGGAGACAACUCGUUCAACACCCAGCCGUAAAGUGUUUUGUUUCAAACUGUGGAGACUGUGGCAUGCACACAGACAGACAGUGACUCAAUUAACUACUGAAGUCAUAAGGCGAGGUUUGAAAAAUGGGGAAAUCUAAACAAAGAACGACAACAUCGGAAAAGUUUGAUACAAGGGCUGGAAGUGUCUCUGAGGGCAGACACGGAGCAGAAUUCUCACUUCUGCCAUCUUGCCUUUCGCCGUCUGUUAUCACCGCUCUAACCUUGACCUUUCGUGUGUAUUACGUCAUCCAGCCCCAAAACUGGUGGAUGGUCCACCCGGAUGAAGUAUACCAAUCGAUAGAAGUUGCCCACAUUGAGAGCUAUGGCUACGGGUUUCGAACCUACGAGUUCUCACCGCCCCAGCUAGCGAACAACGUCACCAAAUAUCGUCAAAUGGAACUUCAAGAGGACAUGUACGGACUUCGGUCUCCGAUUUUUCCUUACUUUUACGUCAUAGCUGAAUGGCUUAUUUCAAAAUGUAUUGUAGCCAGUCCUUAUCUGCUGUGGCGAGUGUGUCACGUGUGUGUGACCUCCAUGUUGCCUCUAGCUGUGGCCAGGUACGCCACAAGUCUCACGACUUGGCCUGACGUCCCUGUCCUAUCUGCUCUGUUAGUGGCCGUCUCUGUACACCUCAACGUGUUCGGUACACAUUGUCUGCUACAUUCUUUCCUGGCGCCUUUUACCUUCCUAGGCUUGUCCUUGCUCAUGGCCACUUCACACGAGGCAACUGACCGUCAACACCCCGGGGGUGAGCCCGGGGGUAACGGGACCAAGGACGUGGAUCUAAAGCUGGUCACAAACAGGGGCGCUUACAAGCAUUUUGUGUCAAGGUUUUCGAUUGGCUGCCUGAUAGGUAUCACGUGCUACGUGCGCCCUGACACCGUGUCUGUGUACGGCUUGCACGUGGUCCUGUGCUCCACCGUCCGACGCUUGCUGCAGACGGCCGGCUGGGUCCCCGUCUGUGUCGGCGUCCUCUUUUCAGCGUCGCUCGGGGCUCUUGUGGACUUUGGUUAUUACGGCUGGGGAGUGAUUAGCCCAAUCAACUGGUUCAGGUUUAAUGUCGUCAAAGAUCUAUCAACAAAAAUCUUUGGAAAGAUGAGCAGCUUUAUGUACUUCACUGAUGUUUUCUUAAAUGACCCAGGCAUAGCUUUAUUAUCAGCCAUCGUCGCCAUUGUCCAGAUAUGUUUGUAUCUGCGUCAAGAAGACAAGCCAGGAGAAACAAAAGUUUUCAAAAAACUAGGAUCUAACUUUCAUUCUAACGAAAAGAAUUCCACUUGUUUAACUUUAGGCCUAACUAGUACACUUUUCAUCAUGUAUUCGUUGAAAGGACACAAGGAAGUCCGUUUUGUUCACGACGCCAUUGUGUUGUUUUACAUCCAUGCUGCACUAGUGUUGGUCGCCCUGAGAUCGACCUUCAGUUCCUGGACAUCUAGUCACGUGAUACGCGCCAUUCUGGCCGUGUUUGUUCUCAUCCAAUGGCAAGUGUUCCCCAGUGCCGUCAACAACAAACGGUGGGUGUACCUGGGUGCCGAAGGUGUGCAUGACGUUAAUGCUUGUAUAGAAUUUAUUUCAAGGCAAACUGACGUCAAAGGUGUUUUCUACGACAGUAACAUAUUUAUGACUGGAGGCAUGACGUUGCUGCAUCAUGACGUCACUAUCCUCACACUUGUAACCGGAGGCUUCUACGAGUUCGGGCCGACGUCACGAGUGAACGUCACAACAAGAUCGGUGAACGAAAUGACGCAAGCUUCCAACUACGUAGCUCUGUCUAACGCCCCCGCCGUAGCCAGGGUAAUCAUUGAGAACAGCAACUACAACUACUUGGUGCUGAGGGGGGACAGGCAGUUCCUGGGGGCGGGCUUUCAUCAGGUCUUCACUGCUGGCACCAGACGUGUACUGAAGAGAUCGUCUGGUGCAGAGUCUCAGCUUCAGGAAAUGUUGGGCAGGAUCCCACUUGGUACCAACACGACUGUUCUCACACACGAGGGGGACUUCCUCUUCCACAUGAGUCAGUACAGAGAGGCUUCUAGAAGGUUCCAGCACGUUCUAGCGCUGGAUAAAUAUCGGCUGGAGGCCUACCUUCCCCUGACUAUAUGUUACAUCAAUAUGGGUGAGGAGGAUAAAGCUGAACAGACACAAGUCGCAUGUCAGGCGCUCUUCUCUAAAUCUGCUUGCACGACGGCAAGAAAGAUAACUCGGGUAUAAAAACCAAGUCGGCAAGGAAGAUAACUCGGGUAUAAAAGUUACAAGGAGUAGCCGGGCAGUGUAGAGCCUUAGAUGGAAUGAAUUAACCCACAUAAAGGCCUGCAUCAGACGCAGGGACACAAUUCUUAAGGUGACAGCAUUGGUAUUUAUUUAAACUGAAGUAGACUCGGGCUGUGCAAACGGUAGCUGGAAGAGAUUAAAUAUUGUUCUAGCUUUUGAACCUACACUGAUACCGACUGGUGAACAAUAGCAAAAAGGAAGAGCUAAUAUUGAACAGGACGAAUUUAUUUACUUAGACAGCUCUGUCUGUAUUGUGUCCCUCAAAUGAUGGAUUUACUACAGGCCUAGCAGCUACACGGGCAAGAAAGGAAGAUGGCAUACAUCUUACUUAAGGCCUAUUCUUGUGGUCUAGUUGACAAAAGUUUUUCUGCCAAAACACUUCACCUUUACAACGAAUAUUAUAAGCAGAUUCUUGUCAUUGGAAAAUAAAAGUUCUAUUAAUAUUAGGUUCAAUUGAAAAUAUAAUGUCAUACAUUCCUAUCUUAUCAAUAUCUGCAGCAUAAUUUAAGUUCUAGAAUAGCCAACAUGUUUUAUUUAAAAGGCCUCUAAAUAUCCCCUCUCUGAGAUGUAGGCAGGGGGGGGGGAGGUGUAUUAAUCUAAAUAAAUGAAAAAAUAAAAAAAAAACCCACAAAUAUGCCUUGAAAAUGUGUUAAAAAUAAAGUAGUUUUUUUUUUUUUUACAUUACACAAAUUACACUUGGGGAAAUAUAGAAAUUGAAUAAAAGAUUUUGUUCUCUGGGAAUGAUUGCAACAAUGUUGCACAGAUGUAAUAGGUUGUUUUUGUAAACCCAAAUCUUUGAAGAAUGCGAAAGUGGUUGCUAAAGCUAACAGCUUAUGUGAAAGGCAGCAACAAGUUUACACACACACAAAUCUAUAUGUAUAUAGGUGAUGGCACAGCUUUCUGCGCUCAAGGCUCCCUCAUAGAUUGAAAUGAAAAUUAUGUCACUUGUGAAGAUAUUUCUAAAUAUACAACUGAGUUGAUUUGUCCUUUUACUGCAGUCAAUGUUGCAUUUAAUGGAUAAAGUUUUCAAGCAGAUUUUCUUUGUAUGAAAUGCCAGUUUAAAAAAAAAUAUGACAACAGUGAGUUAGCACAUGAAAGAAGUGCUACACAAUUUAAAUAUAAUGAAUCAAGUGCCUAAAGCGAGAUAACAGCUGAAAUUUAAAUCCAUCCAUGUGUACCGAAGUUGCUGAUAUGCCAUCAGGCGGAAGGGACAAAUCUCAGAAAAUGUGAUUACAAUUAACAAAUAAAAAAAUUGCUCAAUGUAGCAACAGACUAACUGUACUAGAGAAAAGAACAUCAUGGACAGCAGUUUGGUGCA